UCCCCGACGUAACAACAUGGCUCCUAUCAACAGAGCGACCGCCGCAGCCUCGCAGCGAAACGCGGCUGGACGCCUGUCCCGCACUUGAACAGUACCCAGUAAGGCGCUUUCAUCUAGGAGCUGCAGCCUCGGCGCUCGGGGGAUCGGACAGAAAGCCCGUCCGAGGUAUCAUGGGAACCGGCGGCGCGUAAGAUCUGCGGGCGACGCGGCACCGUAGCGAGAGCACACCGUCCACGCAGCUGCAGUCCCGCUGUCACUGUGUCUUCCCUGCACCCUCAUGGCGGUCUAAGGGUCCCUCAGUCUGGAGCUCUCCUGGAGGCGAGUCGCUCUCACCCGACCUGCUCCUCCCUGAGAAGCGAGGGCAUGGAGUGGCUGCCAGCAGCCGUAGAGAGGGACCUGGGCGUCGACUGCCGGCAGAUGGGGCCCGGUCCGCGUCCCGAGGAGCUGGUGGCUUUGGUGCCCAUCCGCUGGGUGUCGGCCCUGCGGGACCGGAAGGUGACGCGUUGCGCCCGCUACGACGCUGCCGGGGAGGUAGAUGUGCGCACCGUCCUCCAGCGUUCCCAGGCGAAGCUGCCUCUUGGCUGGACCCGGGUCUGCAUCCAGGGCCUCAGGAAGAGCCGGCUGGAAUACCGGCUGGCCGUGGACCCUGGGUCCCUGGGCGAGGCCUUCUCCCAGGACUCCUUCUGCAGGCUCAUGCAGGAGGUGUCGCAGCGUAACUUCAGGAACUUAUGGCGGGAAGCAUACCGCACCCAUGUGCAGCCGUACGCCGGCGUCGCUGCUCACACACGGGUGGCAGCGCUGGACUCUGUGCGCCAGGCUCUGCAGACCCUCUUCUGCUGUCCCUUCGUGUCCACAGAUAGGGUCUCACCCUCUCUGUCUCCAGCCAGGGAGAAAGAGAAGGAUGGCCCUUUUCCGGCCAAUGCCCCAACAUCCGGGGGCCAAACGGACCGCCUCUGUCCCAAUGUGCUCCCUGCAGAAGGGCUGCUGGAAUCGGCAGAGGUUCUGUACGUGGUGCUGCCAUACACCCAGUACUCGCUCCAUGACAUUGUCACCUACAGCCCAGCCAAGCUGGCAAACAGUCACGCAAAGGUUCUCUUUGUGCUGUACCAGCUGUUGAUGGCAAUGCGUGCUUGCCAGGCAUCAGGGCUGGCCUGUGGUAAGCUCUCCCUGCACGACAUAGCUGUAGACGAGCAGCUCUGCAGCCGCCUCAAGAUUAGCCUGGCACACUACGAGGAUUGGAGUGAGUGUAGGAGGCCGGUUAGCUGUGUCACAAGGGGACCAGCAACAGGCCAGCAGAGGGAUAGCACUGAGAGGGUGAAUGAUGCAAACCAUGGACAGGCUUGCAAGGGCUGCUUGGACAGGCUGAGUUCACUGGUCAUGAAUUGGGUCCAUGGGCAAGUCAGUAACUUCCAGUACUUGAUGGAGCUCAACAAGCUAGCGGGAAGGCGUGAGGGAGACCCAAACUACCACCCUGUUUUGCCCUGGGUGGUAGAUUUCACUGUUCCCGGGGGGCGCUUCCGUGACCUCAGACGGUCCAAGUUCCGGUUGAACAAAGGUGACAAGCAGCUAGACUUUACCUAUGAGAUGACCAAAGAGGCCCUUGCUGCAGCAGUUGCCAGUGGGAGUGGGGGGAGCAAUUUUGGUGGAGAGAUUGGUGGAGCCAUUGGUUCUGGGAGCUCAGGACAGCCAGACCACCUACAUGUGCCACACCACAUCUCUGAUGUAUUGUCAGACAUCACAUACUAUGUCUACAAGGCCCGACAGACGCCCAAGGCUGUGCUGUGUAGUCAUGUUCGCUCACAGUGGGAGCCGAAUGAGUAUCCCGCCAGCAUGGAGCGCAUGCAGAGCUGGACCCCGGAUGAGUGCAUUCCUGAAUUCUACACGGACCCCUCCAUAUUCCGUUCCAUCCACCCAGACAUGCCAGAUCUGGAAGUACCACCAUGGUGCAGCUCCUGUGAGGAAUUUGUGGAGGUGCAUUGUCAGCUCUUGGAGAGCCCAGAGGUUUCCCAGCACCUGCACCACUGGAUUGACCUCACAUUUGGCUACAAGCUCUCGGGAAAGGAAGCCGUCAAGGCUAAGAACGUUUGUCUCCAUCUGGUGGAUAACCAUACCCAUCUGACCAGCUAUGGGGUGGUACAGCUGUUUGACCAGCCUCACCCACCCCGCCUUGCCCCUUAUCAGUAUGCACCACCUGAGCCUCCACACUUGGGCUUGGCCUUCACCCCCUAUUCUUCUUGGGACAACCCAUUCCUGGAAGCUUUGUCAGAUGGAGUGGAUGGAACAGUCCCUGAAGCAACUGGAUGCGAGUCUAGUGGUUGGACAGUAGUUGACCGGGAUGAAGAUCUUGAGCAGGGUACCGAGGCUCUGGACUCUCUUGGUGCCACCCCAGCCAGCACUGCAAUCCCAGUAACUUCAUCCAGUGCCACUGGUGGAAGGUUGAUUGGGGAGCUUCAGGCUGUGCCCUUGUCUCAGUCCCCGGUCACCUACCCUGGGGAGGGGCCUCCUGGUGUUCCCAGCAUUUCGGGGUCUGGCCUGAGGAGUUCCUUGUUGCCAAAAGCCAGUGGUUUGAACAGGAGGUAUAUUGAGGGGCAGCAUGUUGCUGUGACCAGUACUGAGGACUUCAAGAUUAGCUUGCCAGAUGGAUUCAACCCCUUGCAGCCCCUGGAAGAACUAGAGAAGCUGAAUAUCUUUAUAGUUAAGGGUCUGCAAGCCCAAGUUCAGGAGUCCCAGAGGGAGGAUCCAGAUGUUGGCCAUCCCUGCCUCAUCAACCUUUUCCAGAGAGACAUGCAGGCUCUGGGUAUCCUGAUUGCAGAGAUCUUCUUGACUCCAAAGCUCCGCUGCAUGAAAUCUGAUGCCCCCUUGUGCGACCGCUUCCAGGCGGUGAUGAAGCAUUGCACGCCCAGCCUUCGGGAUAUACCCCUGGCCCUGCACCAUGCCCUUGAAACACUGUUGAACCUCCACAAGCACUCUGUGCCGCUUAGCCCAUGGGAGUCACAGCUUCCACCUCCAUACCCCCUACUCUUCAAAUAUGAUCCUGUCUUUGAGGGUCUUCCCCCUCCAAGCCCCUCACAGUUGCUCAACCCUGUGUUGUCCCCAUUGCCUUUCCCUGCCUACUUCCCUCCUCUACACCGCUUCAUUUUCUCUUACCAUGACAAGAUGGGCUCCGCUGGUGGCAGUCAGGGCCGCGACAUUGUCUUCCACCUCUGGCAGCAGCUGGAGACCCUGCUCCAGGGUGAGAUCACAGCAGAAGGUCUGGAGAUCCUGCUUCCGUUUGUGCUAACGCUCAUGCUGGAGGAGUCCACUGCAGUCUAUGCGGCCUGGUACCUGUUCGAGCCCAUCGCCCGGGCUCUGGGUCCACGCAACGCUGCCAAGUACCUGCUGAAGCCCCUUGUGGGCGUGUACGAGAACCCCCACUGCCUGCGCGGCCGCUUCUACCUCUACACCGACUGCUUCAUACUCCAGCUCAUUGUGCGCCUCGGCCUGCAGCCCUUCCUCACCUCCCUGCUGCCCCAUGUCCUACAGAUCCUGAUCGGCUUCGAAAGCUGCAGCACCGAGACGGGUGGCGAAAGGGAGGGCCGCAAGUCCCGGAGCGGGGGCCCGGGAACCCUGGGGGAGGAGGAGGAGGACGAUGAGGAUUAUGAAGGUGUGGAGGGUGGUUUGUCAUCAGGGUCUGUGACUGGGAAGGCUGGGGUUGGUGGAAGCACUAGUGGUGCUGUGGGAGUGGGAGAUGCAGGUCUGGUGGACUACUCUUCAGGGAUUAGCCUCAACGACCAAGUCUUCUUGUCUGAAAAUGAGGACUUCCAGGAUGGAUUCUAUGUCAACAAUGGCCCAGCGGGUUCAACGCUUUCGGCAAAACGGCAGCACCAGAAUUCUGUGGGCCGGGACCCGGACCAGGAGUCCUUGAGCGUUGGCAAGCAGAGCGACAAGAGCAGCUCAAGCGAAGCAUCUGCAGGCGAUGCCGACUCCAGCCGGGAUCACGCUAGCCUGAAAUCUGCAGACAGCAGCCAGGACCUGAAGCAGGCCAGCGAGGGCGAGGAUGCCGGGGAACUGGAGGAAGACGAGGAGGCCGAUGAGGGCAAAGAAGAACAACCGGCCAGCGUUCCCAGCCUGGAACUGACACUGUCGGGCUGCACAGAGGAGUCGGAGGCCACCGUGGCCACCUUGGAGGGAGAAGCUGCAGAUGGGAUGGAGCAGGGGGAGCCUGAGAAAGACCUAGUGGAGGAAGAGGAGGAGCAUGACCCCUCUGAGGACUCUGAGGAGAAGGAGCACAAGAUCCUGCUGGACACUGUUUGUAAGACUGUCCGCUGGCUGGUGGCCAAGUUGGGGCCGACUGUGACGUCCCGGUAUGUGGCCCGAACUCUGCUUCGGCUUCUCACCAACUGCUACAUCGGUCCAAACCAACACCAGUUCCUGCCCAGCGAGUCGGACGAUUGCUUCCCGGAGAGCAUGGGCAGCGUGUAUGAGAAGCGGCCCGUCAUGGGGGACCAGACGGCUGGGCCUGUGCUCGAUCUGCUCCUCUACAUCGCCCACCUGUACGGGGAGCCUGUGCUCACGUACCAGUAUCUGCCCUACAUCGGCUACCUGGUGUCCCCGCCCUCAGCAUCCCGCCUGAACACGCGGAAAGAGGCCGGCCUGCUGGCCGCGGUGCUGCUCACCCAGAAGAUCGUGGUGUUCCUGUCUGACACCACGCUGAUGGACAUGCUGAUGAAGAUCAACCAGGAUGUGCUGUUGCCGCUGCUCGACUUGCUCACCUCUCCCAAGAUGGGGUUCCCCAGCGGCGUGCAAACGCGGUCGGCCGUCUGCUUGAAGACCCUCGGCCUCGUGGCUCUCAUCUGCCUGCGCAUCGGCCGGGAGAUGGUGCAGCAGCACAUGGCUGACACCCUCAGCCGCUUCUUUCGUGUCUUCUCCCUCCUGCAUGAGCUGCGGACACAGGCUGACGUGGCUGCCCACCGCGAGGCUGGCGAGGGCGCUGUGGUAGACCUGCGCUCGCCAGGUGGCUCGGAGGUCACUUUCGAGCUGGCAGUGCUGGAGGAGCUGCAGGCCGUGUUCAGCCCAGCGAUGGCCUAUGCUGCCUAUGUCCCGUUCUACUGCCUCAUUGGCGAUGGGGCGAUCCGCAAGCUGGUGCCAAACCACGAGCUGGUGUGGAGCUUGGCUCAGCCGUACCAGGAGCGCGUCAGUCCGGGGAGCCCGGAUACCACCACGGGGGCGGGCUACAAGCCGGAUCUGCCGGCCCCACUGCCUUCCUCCUCCUCGUCCUCCCCAUCCUGCUCCGUGGGCUUGUCCCCGGGCCUCGGCGGCCGAUUCGGACGCAGUCCAUUCCCGGCCCCCCCCUCUACUUCCACCCCCGUGAGUGGCAAUGGCGACAUCAUCCCUGAGUCAGGCACCUUUGGCAGCCACCUGGUGGGGAACCGGAUCCAGGUACCGCGGGCCUCGGAGUCCGUUGGCAGUCCUGGCAUCUCCUCUCUGGACACCUGGGGGCGCCAGAACCCCGGUCACCUCGCCUCGGCCGUCGCGAGCUCCGCCUGCACCGGGCCAUCCUUCUCCUUCUCCUCCUCGGCCUCCUCCCCUGCCUCCUCUUCGUCCUGGGUGCUGGGUCCAGCCCCCGAAGACAGUGCAUUGAAGCAGGACCUUGCGCGCAGUGGCCGCGCCCUCCAGGGCAACUGGCUGGCUCACUGGCAAUAUGAGAUCGGCCUCAGCCAGCAGGAUCCGCACUUCCACUUCCACCAGAUCCGCCUGCAGAGCUUCCUGGGCCACUCAGGUACCACCAAGUGCCUGGCGCCGCUCGCCGGCGAGGACUACUUCCUGUCGGGCAGCAAGGACAAGACGGUGCGCCUGUGGCCACUGUACAACCGCGGUGACGGCACGCGGGAGACAGAGCCGCGGCUCACCUACGCGGAGCACCGCAAGUCCGUGUUCUACGUCGGCCAGCUGGAGGCGCUGCAGGAGGUUGUGAGUUGCGAUGGCACCGUGCACCUGUGGGACCAGUUCACAGGCAAGCAGAUCCGGUUCUACGAUGCUCUGGAUGGGAAGAACCCCAUCACGGCAGUGACCACCAUGCCCGCCCCGCACUGCAGUGUCGUGUUUGGCAGCGCCGACUCCGUGCUCCGGUUCAUCGACCCGCGCAAACCGGGCUUGCAGCACGAGUUCCGCUUAGCCUACAGCAGUGUUGGCGCCGGGCUGAUCCGCUACCUGGCCGUGAGUCCUGGCGGGCGCACCGUGGCGGCUGGCUUUUCCUCCGGCUUCAUCGUGCUGCUGGACGCCCGGACAGGCCUGGUGCUACGUGGCUGGCCAGCACACGAGGGGGACAUCCUGCAGAUGAGGGCUACAGAAGGUAACCUGGUGCUCAGCUCCUCCACAGAUCACACGCUGACAGUGUGGAAGGAUCUGGAACACAAACCGCUGCACCACUACAAAUCCGCCUCUGAGCCCAUACACGCCUUCGACCUUUACGGGGCCGAGAUUGUGACGGGCACGGUGUCCAACAAGAUCGGGGUGUACUCCAUGACAGAUAUCUCUGCGGGGCCCGUGAGCAGCACCAAGCUGAGCUCGGAAAACUUCCGUGGAACCCUCACCAGCUUGGCUGUGCUACCCACCAAGCGACUCCUGCUUCUGGGCUCUGAAAACGGCGCCAUCAGACUCCUGGCCUAAUCCGCAGGCUCUUGUUCUGGAAUGUUCUGGUGACUUUCGUUCCAGACUGACCUGCUGAUGGGAAACAAGGUGACCACCUACUUUCGAAGAUGGGGAGAUGAGGCCUUCUCAUGUAGCUGCUUAGACCUCGUCUAGAAAGGACCAAGUUCCUCAGCCAAUAGUCUGUGACCAAAUGAGAAUGUUGGUCACAUGAGCACAGAUCGGUGCACAGAAUAACUAAAUGCCUGAUUACACUCUUCUCUCCCAUAUUUUAACUCUGGAUCUCACAGCUGCUGAUGCAGAGUAGUCACUUCCUGUCAUGGGCCUUGUUCUUUUUUGAGUCUUAAUAUUUCACAAAAUUAGGUCAGUCAGGCUGCUCAGGAAGCUGAAGUUGAGCUGUUUUUCACAAAGUGUUUACACUUUCCUAAUAGAUGCAUAAAGACACCAAAAAACACAAUCCUCAUCUACAUCCUGCCGAAUCAUCGUGCACCCAAAGCCCACAGUAACUAUGCAGUAUUCCUUGAUAUAAAUAUAUUUUAAGAUGCGAAUAUGGAUGCUUGUUUCUACAGAUACAGGUCAAUUACCCUGCCCAUUUUAUUAGGGUUUGUAGUGACUCUGUAUAUUGUUCUCUACUGGAAUAUGUCGCUGCAUUUUUGCGUCUUUCAGUGCGGUGGAGGUGGAGCUACAGCACAAGUGCAUUCUGGGCCAGCAGAACAGCCUGCAGCCGCCUCCCGGCCCAUGAGGAGCCUCGUGGGCUCGUGGCCGUGUAGCGCCUAGCGGAGGGCUGGCCCAAGCACACAGUGAUUCUCAGCAUCCCAUCUUCAUCUACGGCUUUUGGUCAUAAUGUAAAACCCACAGAAUCUGUUGACUUUUUCAAUAUUCUGAUUUUUUUUUUCUCCAUCUGCAAGGAUCCAAGGUGAAGAAGAGCUGGUGAUUUUAUUGGUGAUUAAUGAUUUUAAUGUGACUCUGGAGUAGCUUUUCCCUAAAACCUUUGAAAGUCUGAUUUAAACAUCACUGUGCUCACCAGUUUGUUACCAAGCUGUCCUGUUCCUUUGCUUUGAGAAAAGACAUGUUGUGGCCAAACUCUGGUUCUACCAGACUGUAACUGGUUGGAAACCAUUUUGAUUUUUAGUUAACAAUGAACUUCCUUUUCAGUUCACCAUUCAUCGUUCUUGUGCAGUCUGUAUUCUAACACCAUGUAUCUGAUCUAUUCAAUGUAUUUCUCUAUCGAGUCA